AAACGCGGAGAUAACCUAAACUCUUUGCUUAAUACGGAUCUAAAACUUGCAUCUAUCUUUCUCCCUCCACCUUUUCUUCUUCCUUCUGAUCACUCUUUCUCUCUCCUCCCUCCUAUAAUGCUUUGCAUUGCAGCAAUCCACCAUUAACACAGCUACUAAUUACCGAACAAUUCUACUGCUGUCCUGCAAAAAUCUGCCCAAAAUUCACAGUUUACAAACUUCGAUUUACUGCUUAAAGUGUGCUUUACACCUGUAUUGAGCAUCAACCAUGUGGAAGUUCAAGCCCUUUGCACAGAAGGAACCAACAGGACUCGAGGGCCGCAAUAUUGAUAUUGGUGACAUUAAAGUUCAUAUCAAGAAUGUCAUUGCCGAGGGAGGUUUUUCUUGUGUCUACUUGGCUAGAGAUGCAUUGAAUGCAUCAAAGCAGUAUGCUUUGAAGCAUAUCAUAUGCAAUGACCAGGAAUCACUGGACCUGGUCAUGAAAGAGAUUCAAGUGAUGAAAUCGCUCAAAGGACAUCCUAAUGUAGUUACUCUUUAUUCUCAUACUAUUUUGGACCUGGGUAGAACAAAAGAAGCACUUCUUGUGAUGGAAUGCUGCGAGAAAUCUUUGGUAAAUGUUUUGGAGAGUAGAGGAGCCGGUUACUUUGAUGAGAAGCAAAUCUUGACAAUUUUUAGGGAUGUCUGUAAUGCAGUUUUUGCAAUGCACUGCCAUUCUCCACCAAUAGCCCAUCGUGACUUGAAAGCAGAGAAUCUUUUGCUGGGCUCAGAUGGGUUAUGGAAAUUGUGUGACUUUGGAAGCACCUCUACCAAUCACAAGCGUUUUGAGAAACCUGAAGAAAUGGGUGUUGAAGAAGACAACAUCAGGAAGCACACGACACCUGCUUAUAGAGCACCUGAGAUGUGGGAUUUGUUCCGAAGAGACCUUAUAAGUGAGAAGGUGGACAUUUGGGCUCUUGGGUGUUUGCUCUACCGUAUUUGCUAUCUCAAAUCUGCAUUUGAUGGCGAGUCAAAGCUACAGGUUCUGAAUGGAAACUACCGCAUCCCAGAUUUACCAAAAUUCAGUGCGCCUAUUACUGAUUUAAUCCGAGACAUGCUCAACGCUUCCCCAGACUCUAGACCAGACAUCACACAGGUAUGGUUUCGUGUCAAUGAGCAAUUCGCUGUUGGAUCACAGAAGUCGUUACCUGAUCGGCCGCCUCUUAUGCGUGAAACAGCUUCUGACAUCACUGAAGGAAUGUCCAAGAUCAUGUCUAGGGCUUCAAAUUCAGUGCCUCGGAGAAGUCCACCACCUGUGCCAUCAUCAAGUGAAACAACUCAUUCGUCGACGUCAAAUACUUCUACGGGUGGGUUUGGAGGGGCACCACUUGGUGCGUUUUGGUCAACUGAUCAUGCUAAGGACACCCUUGUCCCAGAGGACAGAGGUGCACCAAAAUUUGAUGAUGAAUCGUCGACCUGGAAAGAGGAUAGAAGCCGAUCUGAGAAACAUAAUCUGCCUGGUAAAGCUGGCCCUUCCGGGAGGGCUAACAGUCAGGCUAAUGCAAUGAAACCUAGUAGCGCCACAGCUUUUGAAAGCGCAAUGAAACCUAGUAGCGCCACAACUUUUGAAAAUGAGGCUUUCAACACCUUUGUUGCUGAGUUUGACACAUCAAAACUCAGUCCCACUGGCAGUGACGUGAAAUCGGGGAAGGAUAAUUCCUUCGAGGCUGAGAAAGUUAAGCUACAGGAGCAAUUGAAGCAAGUUAAUGCUGAAAAGGCAGAGAUUACUGCAAAAUAUGAGAAGCUCACUGCAAUAUGUCGAUCACAGAGACAGGAAUUACAGGAGCUGAAGCAGGCAUUGGCUGCCAGAACUCCUCCCCCAAUAAAGGAGUCUACAAGGAACCAACCAUCGUCCAGUAAUGAAGCCACCCCUUCUCAGAGAGUAAAAAAUGAAGUCACGGUGAGGGAACUCCAAGGUUUGUCCGACAAGAGUUCCAAAAGCUCGGAAACGAAGCCAUGGCAAGCCUUUGCCAGUUCACCAACAUCUAUUGCUGAUAGAUCUAAAUCUGUUAGGACCAAGAAUGGUCACUCGAGCAAGCAAGAUGCUUCAGGUGGAACAACUCAAGAUAAAUGGGGAUUUGGUGAUGACAGCUUCACUGCAGCUCCUUCUGCCAGCUCUCGGAUCUCUAGACCUGGUGAAGGUAACACUUCUCAACGUUUUGCGGAUUCAAAUAAGUUAGCCAGCAAAAACACAGCUUCUCAACCAGCUGGAUGGGCUGGAUUCUAACUCAAUCAGGAAAAAAGAAAAUUAUAUUGCUGUAAUACUUUGUUUAUAUCAUUUUGAACGAGGAAACAUUACGUUCCUUACUUUAUGUAGAGUUUGUCUAAAACCGAUUGAUGAUGUUGCACUGGCUAGUGACUCGGACUCAUGUUUAUAAUCUACUUAUAAUUUGCACCAAGAAAAAAAACAUAAUCUACUUGUAAUCAAUGGCGCCUUUAUGUGCUAUGUUCUUUUUAUCA